GCCCGUCUUAGCGCAGCAAUGUACUGCAACAGAUGCAGGCCCUUAAGUCCCGAGUACUUUUUGGAAGAGAACGAAGAAGAAUCAUCAUCCAGGAUUUGUUUACAACUUCUGGAGUAGUCUCGAUCUCAUGUUUAUAAAUAGAUAAUGGCAUCUCAGUCUAAUAAUAGAGAUAACAACCCACAGAGAAAAAUAUUAGAAGAAUUACAGUUAAAAAAACAGUUGAUUUUGAAACAAGGAGCGUCUCAACCUCUGAAUACUCCCGCAACAUCAGCUCAACCUACGGGGUGGUCUUCUGGAACUGACGGACAUAUUGCAGGAAACAGCCAGAGGUCUAGCCUCAUUCAGGCAACAUCUUCCAGCUUUGGUUACUUCAUUCAUCAAGAUUCGUCAUUUGGGAAUUUUAUUUUGCCAGUAUUGCCACGGCUAGAGCCUAAGUGA